UCCCAGCAGAGAUGGGAACACCUCAGAACAGGAAGUUUGGAUACUUUGGAAAUCCCUGGAGUUGUUUCCCACUGUGGAAGUUGUCGGUGUGAAGCUGCAAGGGACAGGGAGAAAUCAGCUGCAGUGCCAGACCACUGGUGUCUCUGUGGUAAAGGGGAUAUCAACCAGAAGCUGCAAGAGGAUAACCAGGAGCUGAGGGACCUGUGCUGCUUCCUGGACGACGACCGACAGAAGGGCAAGAAGGUGUCCCGGGAGUGGCAGCGGCUGGGCAGGUACAGCGCCAGCGUGAUGCACAAAGAGGUGGCCCUGUACCUUCAGAAGCUGAAGGAACUGGAGGUGAGACAGGAAGAAGUGGUCAAGGAGAACCUGGAGCUGAAGGAGCUGUGUGUGCUGCUGGAUGAGGAGAAGGGCGGCGGGGCCGGGAGCCGGAGCUCCAUCGACAGCCAGCUCAGCCUGUGCCAGCUGACGGCGCCCAGCGCCUACAUCCGAGACGUGGGGGACGGCAGCAGCACCUCCAGCACGGGCAGCACAGACAGCCCCGACCACCACAAACACCACCCCAGCACCAGCCCCGAGCACCUGCAGAAGGCUCGGGGGGAAGGCAGCCCCGAGCACCAGAAGCACCGGAGCAUCAGCCCCGAGCACCUGCAGAAGCCACGCGGCUCCGGCAGCCCUGACCACCACCUGAAAGGGCCGAGCCCCGAGCACCACAAAGCCGUGGUCAAAGUCCCCGACCAACAAAAGCACAGCAGCAGCAGCCCAGAAACUAUCCCAAAGCACAUGCUGAGUAGUAGCCCUGAACACUUUCCAAAGCAGAGGCCUGGUGGCAGCCCUGAGCACCAAAAGCACAGCGGUGGCAGCCCAGACCACCUCCAGAAGCACACGCCGAGCGGGAGUACAGAACACCUGCACAAGGUGAGGGGCACCAGCCCAGAGCACCUCAAACAGCACUAUGGAGGCAGCCCCGAGCACCUCAAACACCUCAGCGGAGGCAGCAGGGAAGGGACCCUCAGGAGACAAGUGACAGAGGACCUGUCCCCUCACCACAGGAGUAUUUACAACGGAAUGAAUGAAUCAACCUUGUCCUAUGUUAGGCAGCUGGAGGCCAGAGUAAGACAGCUGGAGGAGGAAAAUCGCAUGCUGCCCCAGGAGCCCGGUAGGAUGCCCGGCGGGGCGGAGGGGCGGCCCUGCCCUGCCCAGCCAGCCAGCGUGGGGGGACACGGCCCGGCCUCUGCGCAGCCUGACUCAGUGGUAAAUGCUCUGAAGGUUGUGUGGAGGAAACUUGGAGAUGCUGCAGGGUCGUGCCCUGGAAUUAGGCAACACUUGUCAGGAAAUCAGUAUAAAGGACCCAUGUAAUGGCCUCUCUGAAGAGCGAGUUCGACGUGCCCACGAGAGGGAAGGAACUGGCUGUCCCCCCAUCCCCACUGACGACGGGGUGUCUGGAUGCACUGCACGAGCCUCGGCUGGACACCAGAGCUGCUGCCCGGGGGGCUGUCCGUGCUGGCAGCCUCCCCUCCUGCUGUUCCAAUCGCCUGCCUAGUGACACGCUGCACCCUCACUGCAACACACCGCCCUUAGGAGCACUGAGGUAUCUCCAUCCCAACUCCACAGAUACUUGGGAUUCUGCAGGAGCUGCGCGAAAUAAGUUUUAUUUUGGUUAGUUACAGCGAGUCUCUAAUAGGCCUGAACGAGUUUCCUGCUGGAUUUGAGAGGGGUUUUUCCACCAGACUGGAGAGACGUGGAUAAACUGUGCCUUUGGUCUCCGCAGUUCUGAGAAAGUCGCUUCUUAGUAACUCCCCCUUCAGUCUGUAAAGGACCCGUUAAUGGUGCUUAGGCAAUUCCCAGGUGAUUUCUUUGCUUUGGUAGAAUAACCUGCCUUUGGAGGUGCUAAAAGACCAUAAAGUCCUAACCAGCCAGUAGUGUAGCAUAACUACAGUCCUUGUAGUGAUCCACAAUUUCUUUCUAAAGGAAAGUCAAGGUAGCUUUCUCUUGAUGCACAUCUUCUGAAGAGGUGUAGGGUGUUGGCAGCCCUUUAGUGAACAGAAUACUUAGGCAUCACUAUCACAGGUCUCAGAUCAGAAUCUCCAUCAGAAUUUCUUUUGGAAAAUAUUUUCCAAUUGUCAGGAUGCUAAUUUCUAACUGUUUAAUUUAGAGACAUGCUGGUUUAUUUAACAAGAGCCUAUAAGGAUCUAAAAGAUUGCACUGCAUUAUUAAAAAAAAGCUUUCCUUGCCACCGUAGAGUUCUUUCAAAGAAAAAGGGUUUUAUUAUCCUCAGAGCAUGUCUUUCAUUAUUAGGAGGCAGAAAGCUCUUGUUCAGAUUGCCUGAGAUGUGACCAGACGGCGCCCUAGAUGUGCUUAGUUUAUUUUUAUCUCUGUGUAUGACACUAGUCGUGUGUAUUGAAUUACAACAUAGGUAUUUUGUGUAUAUCUAAGAGCAAUGAUAGUUUCAUGUAUGAAUGUGCAACAGGCUUGUGACUGAAUGGCUGUUGCUUAACUUUUUACCAUAGCUGAGCGUCAAAAAGAGACUAAUAAAAAAUAAUAAUAAUAAAAAAAAGGAAAAAAAAUAGGAAUGCAACAAUUCCUGGGUUUCUGGUUUGUUCUCGGUUGCGAAGAUUUGAGCCGAAGCGAGAAGCUCUGUUUUCUCUGGGCGUGGACAUCCUGUACCCGUGGGCUGUUUGCUGUGGAAUGUAGCUCGGUUGCUGUACAAUCUUUUGUCAUAUAGCUGAUGUAAAUCUGCUACCUGUCUUCAGCCAAACUGUGUUAAUUUGCAGCAGUAAUUCUGUUGGGUUUUGUUGUUAUUUCCACUUGGUACCAUUGGAUGUAAGGCCUCUGAUCCAGCGUUGCUUUCUCGGGCAAAGCUCCCGUUCACUCCUUCUCCUUGAGUUGGGAAUGCAGAAUCCAGCCUUCUGUUUGAAACAUGGCACUCCUGCGUGAUUUCUGACAUAGAACCCAGCCCAGGCAGCUCUGUGUUAUCUUCCCACGUUGUUUUCUCCCACUGCACAGUUCGGUUGCAAUUGUUGUAUUCCUAUCUCUGUGUGUAUGAACAGCUGUGACACCUGUACUUGUGCCUGCAGGGGCUACUCGAGGGACACUGGUCUUUUGACACUUCACUUGUGUAAAUUUUGAUACUGUAUUAAAACUAUUUUUUUACAGUUCUGCAUACGAUGGGGUAUCAAGUAUCUGUGUUCAUCUUAGCAAUGGUAAUAAAUUAU